AUGUCAACUCGUCGAGGAGCAGCGUUGUCGCACGGCCCGUCGGUGCGCGAGGCGUUUGUCGACGACAUUUUGGACGUGCUGGAGCUGACCCCCAAGGCCGACGCCCAGUACUUGACCCUGAGCCAAGGCGAACGCAAGCGUGUGACGAUUGGGGUCGAGCUCCUGUCGAACCCGAGCAUUCUGUUUUUGGACGAGCCGACGACGGGGUUGGAUUCCCGCGCCGCGACGAUUGUGAUGGAGUGCAUCAAGCGCAUUGCCGAGUCGGGCCGGACCGUUGUGUGCACGAUCCAUCAGCCGUCGACGGUGCUGUUCGAGCUCUUUGACAAGCUCCUGUUGCUCAAGACGGGUGGGGAACUCGUCUACUUUGGGGACCUCGGGCCCAAGAGCGUGCACUUGCUCGAGUACUUUGGCCACUUUGCCGGGCUCGACCCGAUCGGCGCGAGCGAAAACCCGGCCACGUACAUGCUCAAUUGCAUCGGUGCCGGGACUGGCGGGGCCAAGAUCGACGUCGAUUUUGCGGCGGCAUACAUGCAAAGCAACUUGGGCAAUGCAUCUGCCAUCGAGUCGUGGUCUGCGCCGGUCGGCACAAAGUUGGAAUUGUCAACCAAGUACGAACAUUCGUUCACCACGUAA